GGCAGAAACUGAUAAGCCUGGGAAAAUUUUUAUAGGAGGCCUCAACAUAGCGACAAGACAAAAGACUCUUCAAGUAAUAUUUGGGAGAUUUGGACCAGUUGCACAUGCUAUUUUGAUGAGAGAUCGUGAAACUAAGAAGUCUAGAGGCUUUGGUUUUGUUACUUUUCAAAGCCCUGAAGAUGCUAAGAAUGCUGUCGAAGAAAUGAAUGGAGUGUCUUUGGAUGGAAAAAGAAUUAAAGUAGAGCAAGCCAGGAGACCAUCAUCACUUGAAAGUAGUAACAAGCGGAGACCACCAUCCUUUUCAAGAACCAGAGGUGCUUCAAGAAUUCUGAAAUGUGGAAGAGGGAGAAGUAGCAGACCAAGAAGUCGUCCUUCACGUGAGGAAAAUUUGGAUGGUGUUAGGUAUACUCCUAAUUUCAACAUGAGCUCUUCUGGGAGACACUUUGCAGGUAAAAGAAGUACAUCUUCAAAAAGGGAUGGUCCUCCUUCUAAAAGAUCUGCAAGUUCUGCUCUGACAAGAAGCAAUGUUGGACAGAGAGGACGAGAACCACAUAGAAGAGAGAUUUCUAGAAAUAUGCCAAGAAGAGAGCCAGUGUCUUCCAGAAGAGAUGAGUAUCCAUUACCAAGGGAUGAUGGCCAGUCUUCUAAUGAUAGGAGAUAUGCAUCAACAUCUAGAGGAUAUCGUGACUAUGGCAAUUACAACUCUCGGGAUGAACAUGCAUCUAAAGUCUUCAGUGAUCAUGCUGGCUAUCGUGGGGGACGUGAUAGAGAUUUCUCUGAAUAUUUAAGUGGAAGUUCAUACAGAGAUACAUAUGGAAGUUAUGGAAGCUUCCAUGAGGCACCAUCUGCAAGAGGGACUUACAGUGGAAACAGCCGCUAUGAUGACUAUAGUAGCUCACGAGAUGGAUAUGGUGGAAGACGAGAAACAUACUCAAGCAGCCAAAGUGACAGAUAUUCAAGUGGCUAUGAACGUAGUGGUAGACAAGAAGUGUUUUCACCUAUUGAUAGAGAAUAUUCUGAGCAUGGGGGCAGACAAGAAAGAGGGCAUUCACCAAUGGAUAGGCUGUAUAGUGCAUCUUGUGAAUCAUACAGUAGUAGUUCAAGGUUUGGAGGAUAUCAUGGAGGUCAUGGGAAAAGCAGAUACGAAAGUGGAGGCAGGUACUAAAAUAAAAGUUGUAAGUCAUGUACCAAACAUCAUUUCUAAGAAGAAAAAUGAGAUGUUAUUCCUGUGUUCUCUGAAUGUUAAAAUAAAUAGGUUGACUUAGGAGAUAAGGCAUAUAUUAAGUUUUACUGUAUUGUCUGAAUACUGAAAUACAUUGGUUUGGGGGAAAGUGAAAUAAUAACUAACUUUCCAUCCAUGAAUUCUUCUAGAACGUAAAACAAGAAAGCUUUAACUGUUGAAAAAUAAUUCUUUGUUAAGUAAGACUUGUUAAUGUUAAAGUAGAAUUUAACAGUAGAGAUUAAGUAUCUGCAUUGUCAAAAAAAAAAAAAGUCUGUCGAUAAAAAUUUAAA